CGGGUUAGUUGAGCAUUGGAUGCGGCCGGGAAGGGCUGUGGGUUUGGUGGAGAGCGCAGAGCGGAGACUGCGGGAGGACAGGAGGAGGAGGAGCGCUUUAGCAGAUUGGGACUGACUAAAUCUCUUCCAGAAAGCAAUGUCCACCCCCGACCCGCCUGUGGGGGGCACCCCUAGGCCUGUGCAGUCCCCCGGGCCAGGGCCUUCUCCUGGUGCUAUGAUGGGCCCUAGCCCAGGGCCAUCUCCUGGAUCAGCGCACAGUAUGAUGGGACCAAGCCCCGGACCUCCUAUCCCUCCCCAGGGGCCUAGCGGAUAUCCUGCAGAGAACAUGCAUCAGAUGCACAAGCCGAUGGAAUCCAUGCACGAGAAGACCAUGCCGGAGGACCCACGUUAUAACCAGAUGAAAGGGAUGGCAAUGAGGCCUGGUGGACACUCUGGAAUGGGACCCCCACCAAGUCCAAUGGAUCAGCAUUCUCAAGGCUAUCCGUCUCCAUUGGGCAGCUCGGAGCAUGUCCCAAGCCCAGUACCCUCAAAUGGCCCACCAUCUGGACCUCCAAUCUCCUCUAGCUCAGGAGGAGUGGCCAUGGAGAACCCAGACCCUCAGCAGCAACAACAGCAGCAACAACAGCAACAACAACAACAGCAGCAACAGCAACAACAGCAGCAGCAACAACAGCAGCAGCAGCAGCAGCAACAGCAGCAGGCGAGCCGCAGUCCAACCCCUUUUAACCAGAAUCAGCUGCAUCAGUUACGAGCACAGAUAAUGGCAUACAAGAUGCUGGCCAGGGGUCAACCUUUACCUGACCACUUACAGAUGGCUGUGCAAGGCAAAAGGCCCAUGCCGGGCAUGCAACCACAGAUGCCAACACUACCUCCACCUGCAGCCUCUGGGACUGGCCCAGUACCUGCCUCUGGACCUGUGCCACCCAGCUACAACAGACCUCACGGAAUGGCAGGACCUGCCAUGCCACCCCCAGGACCCUCUGGAGCUCCUCCUGGAAUGCCAGGGCACCCCCCAGGGGCUCCUCCUAAACCCUGGCCUGAAGGUCCCAUGGCCAAUGCUGCGGCCCCAGCCGCUGCUCCUCAGAAGUUGAUUCCCCCACAGCCAACUGGCCGGCCGUCACCUGCACCCCCUGCCGUGCCUCCUGCCGCUUCACCCGUCAUGCCACCCCAGACGCAGUCACCAGGUCAGCCAGCCCAGCCUCCUCCGAUGGUUCAGUUUCACUCCAAAGCCAACCGCAUCACUCCUAUCCAGAAACCCCGGGGCCUGGAUCCAGUGGAAGUGCUUCAGGAGAGGGAAUAUCGACUCCAGGCACGCAUUGCACACAGGAUCCAGGAGCUGGAGAACCUUCCAGGGUCAUUAGCCGGUGACCUUAGGACCAAAGCUACCAUAGAGCUGAAAGCCUUGCGUCUCUUAAACUUUCAGAGACAGCUGCGACAAGAAGUUGUGGUGUGCAUGAGAAGGGACACUGCUCUGGAGACUGCCCUGAACGCCAAGGCUUACAAACGCAGUAAACGGCAAUCGCUGCGCGAGGCUCGGAUCACAGAGAAACUGGAGAAGCAGCAGAAGAUUGAGCAGGAGCGCAAGAGACGACAGAAACAUCAGGAAUAUCUGAACAGCAUUCUCCAACAUGCCAAGGACUUUAAAGAAUUCCACCGAUCUGUCACAGGGAAGAUCCAGAAACUGACAAAGGCUGUGGCCACGUACCAUGCCAACACAGAAAGAGAACAGAAGAAGGAGAAUGAGAGGAUUGAGAAGGAGAGAAUGCGCCGCCUGAUGGCUGAGGAUGAAGAGGGCUACAGGAAGCUGAUUGAUCAGAAGAAGGACAAACGCCUGGCCUACCUCCUGCAGCAGACAGACGAGUAUGUGGCCAACCUGACCGAAUUGGUGAUGCAGCACAAAGCUGCCCAGGUGCUGAAGGAGAAGAAGAGAAGGAAAAAGAAAAAGCUUCAAGAGAAUGCAGAAGGCCAACCGCUUGUACUUGGACCAGAUGGCGAGCCUCUGGAUGAGACUAGCCAGAUGAGCGACCUUCCAGUCAAGGUGAUCCAUGUGGAUAGUGGAAAUAUCUUGACUGGCACAGAUGCUCCAAAGGCCGGACAGCUGGAUGCCUGGCUAGAGAUGAAUCCUGGUUACGAAGUUGCUCCAAGAUCAGACAGCGAGGAGAGCGGUUCCGAGGAGGAAGAAGAGGAAGAGGAGGAGGACCUGUCUUCAACCCCUGUCACCAGUCAGUCUGCGGUGGAAGAGAAGAAAAUCAAGGAUCCGGACAGCGAUGACGUUUCGGAAGUUUGCGUUCGGGAGAUUAUCGCGAUCGCCCGUCAGGAUGUGGAUGACGAGUACAGCGUAUGUAAUGCUGAACCGGAAGGACCGCAGUUGCAGUCAUACUAUGCGGUUGCCCAUGCGGUUAGUGAGAAAGUAGAGAAGCAGUCCAGCCUUUUGGUGAAUGGCAUUCUCAAACAGUACCAGAUCAAAGGCCUGGAGUGGCUCGUAUCGCUCUAUAACAAUAAUCUCAAUGGGAUCUUGGCUGAUGAGAUGGGUCUCGGAAAGACUAUACAGACGAUUGCUCUGAUCACAUACCUCAUGGAACACAAGCGCAUCAACGGGCCGUUCCUCAUCAUAGUCCCACUGUCGACACUAUCUAACUGGGUUUAUGAGUUUGACAAAUGGGGACCAUCUGUGGUAAAAAUAUCAUACAAGGGAUCCCCCGCUGCUCGCCGUGCGUUCGUUUCUAUACUCCGCAGUGGAAAAUUUAAUGUUCUGCUUACUACAUAUGAAUAUAUCAUUAAAGACAAGCAGGUCCUGGCCAAGAUCCGUUGGAAGUAUAUGAUUGUAGAUGAAGGUCAUCGCAUGAAGAACCAUCACUGCAAGCUAACACAAGUCCUUAAUACUCACUACGUGGCCCCUCGCCGCGUGCUUCUCACUGGUACCCCUCUACAGAACAAGCUUCCCGAGCUGUGGGCACUUCUGAACUUCCUGCUGCCCACUAUCUUCAAGAGCUGCACCACGUUUGAGCAGUGGUUCAACGCUCCCUUUGCAAUGACUGGAGAGAAGGUGGAUUUAAAUGAAGAAGAAACUAUUCUAAUUAUUCGUCGUCUCCAUAAAGUCCUCCGCCCUUUCUUACUUCGAAGGCUUAAGAAAGAAGUGGAAGCUCAGCUGCCAGAAAAGGUUGAGUAUGUCAUUAAAUGUGACAUGUCUGCAUUACAAAGGGUUCUGUACAGACAUAUGCAGGCCAAGGGAGUUCUCCUUACAGACGGUUCAGAGAAGGAUAAAAAGGGUAAAGGUGGUACGAAGACCCUGAUGAACACUAUUAUGCAGCUUAGGAAGAUUUGCAACCACCCAUACAUGUUCCAACAUAUAGAGGAAUCAUUUUCUGAACACUUGGGUUUCUCAGGAGGCAUUGUGCAGGGGCAGGACCUCUACCGUGCCUCUGGAAAGUUUGAGGUCCUUGACCGCAUUCUCCCCAAAUUACGAGUCACCAACCACAAAGUUCUGCUCUUUUGUCAGAUGACCACACUCAUGACCAUCAUGGAGGAUUAUUUUGCUUAUCGUGGCUUUAAAUACCUCAGAUUAGAUGGAACAACUAAAGCAGAAGACCGUGGAAUGUUAUUGAAGGCCUUCAAUGAGCCUGGAUCAGAUUACUUUGUCUUCCUGCUCAGCACUCGCGCUGGAGGCUUGGGCCUCAAUUUGCAAUCCGCGGACACCGUUGUCAUCUUUGACAGCGACUGGAACCCACAUCAGGAUUUACAGGCUCAGGAUCGAGCUCACCGCAUUGGUCAGCAGAACGAGGUGCGCGUUCUGCGCCUGUGCACAGUAAACAGCGUGGAAGAGAAGAUCCUGGCAGCCGCCAAAUACAAGCUGAAUGUGGAUCAGAAGGUCAUCCAAGCUGGAAUGUUUGAUCAGAAAUCCUCCAGCCAUGAACGGAAGGCUUUUCUGCAGGCCAUUCUGGAGCAUGAGGAGCAGGAUGAGAUCACAUCAGACAAUAAACAAUUGAUUUUGCAGGAGGAGGAUGAGGUUCCUGAUGAUGAAACUGUGAAUCAAAUGAUUGCAAGACAUGAAGAGGAGUUUGAGUUGUUCAUGCGAAUGGAUUUGGACAGGCGGCGAGAGGAAGCUCGCAAUCCCAAGCGCAAGCCUCGUCUGAUGGAGGAGGAUGAGCUGCCAUCUUGGAUCAUUAAAGAUGAUGCUGAGGUGGAGCGUCUUACCUGUGAGGAGGAAGAGGAGAAGAUGUUUGGUCGGGGUUCCCGUAGUAGGAAGGAGGUGGAUUACAGCGACUCUCUGACGGAGAAACAGUGGCUGAAGGCCAUAGAAGAAGGUACAUUGGAGGAAAUUGAGGAGGAGGUACGUCAGAAGAAGACCACUCGCAAGCGAAAGCGAGAUAUAGACCCGGGAAUGUCCACUCCUACCACCAGCACGCGGAUUCGGGAAAGGGAGGACGACGGCGGCAAGAAGAAGAAAAGAGGAAGACCACCAGCUGAGAAGCUUUCCCCCAACCCUCCAAACCUCACCAAGAAGAUGAAGAAAACUGUGGAUGCAGUCAUCAAGUACAAGGACAGCGUUUCGGGACGUCAACUUAGCGAGGUCUUCAUUCAGCUCCCUUCCCGAAAAGAACUGCCAGAGUAUUACGAGCUGAUCCGCAAACCUGUGGACUUCAGGAAGAUCAAGGAGAGGAUCAGAAAUCACAAGUACCGUAGUCUGAAUGACCUGGAAAAAGACGUCAUGCUGCUAUGUCAGAACGCUCAGACCUUCAACCUUGAAGGGUCUCUGAUAUAUGAAGACUCCAUUGUGCUGCAGUCGGUCUUCACCAGUGUGAGGCAGAAGAUCGAGAAGGAAGAGGAUAGUGAAGGGGAAGAAAGUGAAGAGGAGGAGGAAUUGGAGGAAGAAGGCUCAGAAUCUGAGUCUCGCUCCGUUAAAGUGAAGAUUAAGCUGGGUCGUAAGGAGAAAAUGCAGGAACGAAUGAAGGGGCGCAGGCGCACAAGCAGGGGUUGCAGGGCCAAGCCUGUGGUCAGUGAUGACGACACCGAGGAGGAGCAGGAGGAGGAACGCUCAGGAAGCGGCACUGAAGAGGACUGACACCCACCUACCGGAACAUUCCCAUGACCACACCGACUCAUUCCACUGCGUCCCACCGGAACGCCUAUUCCACCCCCUCCUUCCCUCUCAGCAUUAUGCCCUUAUCUUUCCGUAGGACGCUAACGGGUAGCCAGAAAUGUAGUGAACUGUACAAAAUAAAAUUCUUCCAUAUUUAUAUAACUGAGGAGUUCUAGGGACGUACCGCCUGUAGCAUCUUUGGAAAAAAAAAGAAAAAAAAAAGCAUUAACUAUCUGGCCGCACCACUAGGCCUCUCAGGAUAGGUUCAAAGGAUUAUGACUUUUGAUUAUAUAUAAAUAUAUUUUUUUUCUUUUUAUGGCUGUACUGUUUGAGUUACAGUAUGGAAAUCACUGUAGUGUCAGCCGUGGAUGCAUGCUAGUAGCAAUCCACUUAUUAGUACUGUAUUUUACAAAAGACAGGUCAAAAAUAAGCCAUGCCCCCUCUCGCUGCACGGGGAGUGGGCUGGCCGUGGUAGCUGUAUGUACGUGUGUCAGUGUCACUGGAUUUCAAACAGUUAUAAAUUAAAACAAGAUGAAAUACCUCGACCAGAUGUGUAUCUUUUUAUAUACAUUUCUUUCUUUUUCUUUUUUUUUUUUAUGUUGUGGGAGAAAAUAAACCUAAAUAAAAUUCUGAAGUCCUCAAAAUGAGGGGAGAGAUGAA